UAGAGCAGGCGGCCGGGCGGCCGAGCCACCUCCGGAUCCGCGCGCGGGGCGGGCAGGGCCUCAGACUCGGCAUGGAGCCCGAGAUGCAGGCGGCGGAGGAGGGGCCCAGCGCGCCCCGCAUCUACAAGCAGCGCGGCCCCUACAGCGUCCUCAAGACGUUCCCCAGCCGGCGGCCGGCGCUGGCCAAGCGCUACGACAGACCCUCUCUGCUAGAGCUGUCGCCCGCGCGGCCGUCCCCGCUGCCGCCGCCGCCGCCGCCGCCGCCCUUCGCCUCGCUCGCCGCCGUGCCCAUCAGCAGCAGCGAGCCGCCGCCGUUCCCGACGCAGCCGUCCUACCCGGCCGGGUCAGGCCGGGCCCCCGCCGCCGCCGCCGCCUCGUCGUCGUCGCCGUCCUGCACACCCGCCGCGCCCCCCGGCCAUCCGAGGACUCCGGCGCCGCCACCGCCGCCGCCGCCGCCGCCGCUGCCGCUCGCGGCCCCCGCCGCGUCGUCGUCGUCGUCCUUCGCCGCCGUCGUCAGGUACGGCCCUGGCCCGGCGGGCGGCGCGGGCAGCAGCGGCGCGGGUAGCGACGGCGCCAGCCUGGAGCUCAGUGCAGAGAGCCGGAUGAUCCUGGAUGCCUUUGCCCAACAGUGCAGUCGUGUUCUUAGUCUCUUAAAUUGUGGAGGAAAGCUUCUGGACUCCAACCACUCUCAAUCCAUGAUUUCUUGCGUCAAGCAGGAAAGCUCUAGUUACAACGAAAGACAGGACCAGUGUCACAUCGUGAAAGGGGUCCCGAGUCAGACCUCUGACAACAUAGACAUAGAAAUGCAAUAUAUGCAAAGAAAACAACAAACUUCUGCCUUUUUGAGAGUGUUCACUGACUCUCUCCAAAAUUAUCUGCUCUCGGGGACCUUCCCCACCCCGAACGCCUCGUCAGUCAGCGAGUAUGGCCACUUGGCUGACAUGGACCCUCUCUCAGCCUCCCCCGUGCACACGUUAGGUGGCUGGACCUCCCCAGCGACGUCUGAGUCCCAUGGUCACCCGUCCUCCUCCACGCUGCCGGAGGAAGAAGAGGAAGAGGAAGAAGAAGGCUACUGUCCUCGAUGCCAGGAGCUAGAGCAGGAGGUUAUCUCGUUGCAACAAGAAAACGAAGAGCUCAGAAGGAAAUUAGAGAGCAUCCCAGUGCCCUGCCAGACCGUCCUAGAUUACCUAAAGACAGUGCUGCUACACCACAACCAGCUCCUGCCGCAGCCCGCAGACCAGCCCACCGAGGGAAGCAAGCAGCUGUUGAACAACUAUCCUGUGUACAUAACGAGCAAACAGUGGGACGAGGCUGUGAAUUCUUCCAAGAAGGACGGGAGGCGGCUGCUGCGGUACCUCAUCAGAUUUGUUUUCACCACCGAUGAGCUUAAGUACUCGUGCGGCCUUGGGAAAAGGAAAAGGUCAGUGCAGUCAGGAGAGACAGGUCCCGAAAGACGCCCUCUGGAUCCAGUUAAAGUCACGUGCCUCCGAGAAUUCAUUAGGAUGCACUGUACCUCAAACCCUGACUGGUGGAUGCCCUCGGAGGAGCAGAUAAACAAGGUGUUCAGCGAUGCCGUCGGCCACGCCCGACAGGGGCGGGCAGUGGGAACUUUCCUGCACAACGGGGGCUCAUUUUACGAAGGGAUGGAUCACCAGGUUUCCCAAGAUGAGGUCUUCAACAAGAGUUCACAGGAUGGAUCUGGGGACUAGCGGACAGGAUCGUCCCAGUGGUGUUUGGUUUCUUGUGUAAGAGCUCCAGUUGUGAAUGUCCACUCCCUUGUCACUUAGAGUCCAAAGCAUGUUAUUCCGUCGUACUUUACACAUUCUCGAACUUAAAACUCUUGACCCACUGCCACAGUUCCCAAAUAGGAAUCCACUUUAGGAUUUUGGGGGGAAAUCUCUAGCACCUGCAGUAGAUUUGGGGUGUUAUACCACAGAGGAAAAUGUACAGUCGACAUGAAGUCAUUUCUAGCUAGACAGUGAGGGCGUCUCCAGUCCCGGAUCUUCAGGAAAGCCUGGCCUCCUCAGCAGAGCUGGUCUCCAGGGAGGGUUCAGUUGGGAUUCCUGCACACGGGGUGGGAGGACAAGCAGCAGUUUCCUUAAUCCGAGUAAGCUGUCUUCAAUUUCCUAAGACUUGAUUUCAGAGUUCUCAGUAAGGCGUAAGCUAGGUGACAGACACUAAGCUUCCGUCUGUUUUAAACUCUUCUGGUAAGAAGCCAGAGCAGAGGCCAUGUCUAUAGAGUGCUCAAGUGGAAGUCGGCUACUUUUCUGUUACCUUACAGACAAAAUUCACUGUGUCAGUCCGAAAGGCAAUCCCACUGCUGUGGUUCACAAGCAGGAGAUUCUCUUUAUAUCUUUAGGAAACAUCCAAAGAUUCAAAACCAUUUUCAGAUGCCUCAUUUCGUAAGUUCCUAACGCAUGGCUUCCACAGCCGUAAGUCGUACUUCAUUGGCAUAAUGCCAGGGUGGUGGCUUCAGUGAGGACCUCCGCGAGCUAGCUGUUUGGUAAGAUCACACACACAAGGCAUGAAUGACGGCAUCUGCUGUUGAUCAGGGGUCUGGUAUUGUAGAUUCCAGUUUCAAGGCCGUUUUGACAACUAUGCAGUGGCUUGUAGGUGAUUUCUCUGAAAUUUGAAGCCUUUUCUGGGCUGAGUGAAGGUUUAGAAUAUAAAACUGUCUCCCAGUGUCACGGGUGGAAACGCCCCCAUCCAGCUGUGCCUCCCUUUCCCACAAUUCCUCCUCAGUCUAAGCUCUGAGUUACUCUCUUCUGCUUCCCUGCUUAAUUUGUGGAAUCCACAUAUAAGGUUAGUGAUGCCCUGGGAACUAUUUCCUGGUAAGGGCUACAGAGGUGCUGUAAUUGUUACUGAUGAAGAUUAAACUUUGACAUGAGAAGACUGGCUUUAUUAAACGAAUCAAGAUCACUGUUUAUGAAGGUUAUGAGUGUCCUCUACGAACACAAGAAAGAGCUUUGAAAACGGUAGAAAUUCAGACUGUGAGUACCCAUUUGUAAAAGGACUUUUGGGGAGGCCAGUUUUGUCAGAAUAAAUCACACAUCUUUUAGAUUCAAUAUUUAACAUCUGAUUUUGAACAAAUCAGUUAAAAUAGUUUAGAAGUAAAAUAUUAAAUGAGUAAGUGAGCUGUCGUUUACAGUGGACCCAGGACGAGUGUCUCUGGCUGUCCAAGGGAAAGGGAUGUUGCUUUUUUCUGAACUAUGAAAACUCUCCGGAUAACAUCCAAGAUGGCAUUAAUAUGGAUAGUUGAUAGCUUUUUGCUGGUCUGGAGCGCUCACUGUCAUCUUGUUAAAAUCCUCAUCUGUUGUACCUCAGACUUCUCUUAUUGCUGUUUAUCCGCACUGCUGAGUCCCGUUCCUCUCUUUGGUGGUUUAUUUACUGUCUGCUCAACCUCACUGAGUUUGCAACUUUACAUAAGUUUGGAAAGUUAGCAGGAGCAAGCUUCACGGCCGUGGAGCUUUAAGGCCUUAAUAUAAGGAAUCAGAAGGUCCCCGCAGAGUGACCUGAGUUCCUCCUCCACCUUUGUGAAGGCUCUGACCUCAGCACCAGCUCUGGAUAGCAUCGGGCCCUGGGAUAAGCCCUGGUCACUGAAGCCACCACUUGCCAUCCCUGCAUAGGCUGAGAGUAGCUUUAGUUGAGCCUGUGCUGUGCCGUUCAGCCUGCAUCGCCUUCCAUAUCAAAUGUAGCUUUAAGGAAGAGGGUAUGUAAAUCAUUUGUGGGUAACCGUAUAGAUGCACCUCUCAAGUCCACUGUCAGGUCAAGAUCAGCAACCGGAAGAGUUGAUCCUUGAGAGAGGGUUGCGUACUUGGCAUUAAAUCUUCCACUUCACUUGUUGAGGUUUUGGAUCAUGUGAUACAUCAGUCCUAAUUCACCUUUCGCAGUCUUCACUUCUGGUCUCAUUAACUCAGGAUUUUCCCAAACGGCUUACCCGUUUGGUUAAACUCUCCAGCUCAGUGGGUGUGUGGGCAGGGACAAGACUUUCUUUCCUGUUUUAUAUAAAGAAGGGGAAAUCACCUAGAGACAAGUUCUCGGCAAUGAUAUCCCUCCACCAAGGAUUCUUCCCACUGCCUCAGAUGUGCAGACGGCAGCCACUGCUUCCUGUGCUGCAAGGUCUGGAUGAUAAGAAGUGCAGGGGACUCCUGAUGAGCUGUUGUCAGUUCCGUCUCAAAUGCCCUGGUCACAUGCUUGUCAUAAACGCGAGAAAACUCCAUAGUGACCAAGCACUGUUGCUGGAGCACUGUUGCUGGAGCCCUGCUCAACAUGAUGUUGAAAGGGGUAUUUCUUGGUGCGUGAUCCAAGGUCUGGGAAGUCUGACCUAGGAAAUCUCCUUGGGUGGAGCCUGCCAUCGCGGUCCCCGCCCCCCCCCCCCCCCCCGUCAUUGCAUCAUCUCUCUCGUGGGGGCUGCAGUUCCUCUUGCUGCUGGGCAUGUUGUCCCUGCUACAGCAGCAGUGUUUAGCAACUGCUUUUAAAGGAUGCAGCUCACAAACUUUCCUGUGAAAGUUUGAGGGUGCCUUCUGUGCAUCCAUCUUGGAGUCCUCUAUGGUGAAGGGUCUUCACAGUAGCUGACAGGAGCAUUUGGGGCACCAACUCUUUGAGCCUUUGACUUCCCACAAGUAUAGGGCAGGGAACCUCCAGGACACCUGUGCUAAGCUCUCCCUGCCUCUCAUUCUCGGGGUGAAUGUCUGUUCUCUUAGCAGUUUCUCACGGGUGACUAGUUCUGAAACAGUGGACAUGACACUGGCUGUUGAUCACACAAGUAAACUAAGGACUACAGCACUGACCUCAGCCCCGUAGCCAGUCUUCUCAAGUACUUGCCUGUAAUCACACCUGUAAUCCUCAGCCCAGUCAAGUGUCCAUUUUCCCUGCCUGUUUAUAGGAUUGCUGUUAGCAGCGUUCAAACACAGGUUUGUUCCAGCACUCUGCUGCCUCUUUCCCCUCGUGAGGAUCCAUUGAAGGCUGGGGUGCUACUCAGGUCAUGGUGGUUUCCUGUGUGGUCCCCUGAGUGUUAAGUCAGCCUGCGGAUGGUGCCACUUCUGGCAGAGCUCACUUUUAAAACUGGCUACCCUGAUUUCUCCACAUGCCUUGAGUUUGUUGUUUAGAGGUCUGAAGGUGCUAUCGACUUGGUUUGAUAGUAGUCACACACAUUUUUUCACAUUCUGGUAGUCAAACACAUUUUUCCACAAUGCAAAACCUAGACCUCUUGUCGACUUUUAGAAUUACCCUGUGCCAUUCAACGCUAGUUGGAAGUAGACUUGAGUUAAAAAUAUCUCAGGAUGCAGCUGUGCCCUGUCAUUGGUGAAGAAAAUGUGGUUGCCAGGGUUGUGUAACUAAAUGUGGCAUUUUUGUCGGUGAUUAGGUAGGUCCGGAGUCCCAGUAUCAGAGGCUCCAUGGUUCAUAGCGACGCUUUUGUGGCUUAUCCUUCAUCUUCCACAUUAAAAUGCCUGCUUCUCACAGGGAUUUAAACACCCUAGGGCGCAGAUCUUGCCAAGAGAAUGAUGACCCUGGACUGGGCUGUCCGGACGGAGACCACCUGUGGAGCGGAGCAGUGUCUUAUAUUUGAUGAGGCCCCAUUUCUCACCAGCCCGCUUGUGUGUUUUGAGCCUCUCAUGGUAUCAAGAAAAGUGUAGCUGUUUCUACAAAACCCUUAACUCUGUUCUUGUCUGUCAGAGCAUUUAGGGACUGUCACCACGUGUUUGCCUGAGGUACAGAGCAGAGGAGUAAAAGUGCUGAUCUCUUGGGCAGGUGUUGAGGGAAGCUCGUGCCCCGCUAGUCGCUGUCAUGAGUGGGCGGCUCAGUGACGUGCUCUGAGACAGACGAGGCCUUUGUCAGGAUGAUGAGGAGACACGUGACUACAGCCUCACUGGAUAGCUACUGUACAUGGUAUUGGGGUCGGCACGGAUGGCAAUCGGAUUGUGGUUUCCACUCAGUCCAGUAAUGAUUCUUGAAUUAUUUGCUGUUUACACACAAUAACUCCUAAGCUUAGGAAUCUGCAGGUGUGUGGUUUCUACACAUCCCUGCCAUUUAAUGACUGUGCCUCUUCUGAAACCCUGAGAAAGUGGAUGGAACUGCUGGGAAGGUGUGAAUUAUGUCCAGAACCCAAACAUCACCCUCAUUUGAAUUCUAUGUUUUGGGGUACAGGGGGUCAACCAUUAUUCAGUAUGUGCUCUAGACUAACCCUGGCACCCACUGACUACCUCCUUAGUUUCUGUGUAGACCAGUUGUCUUUUUUUAGUUUAAAUGUCAUUUUUGGUGACUUAAAAUAUUAAGUGUAUGAUUUCCUCAGCUAGUGCUGUAUCAUCUCACAGUACAGGUCUGUGUUAAUCUGUGACAGCUUUCACGUGUGGGUUUGUAGAAAUGUAGUAGUGGUUUUGCACAUACGGUGUGAGUCUUGCUGCUGUAUGCUUAAUGUGGCGACACUUGCCAAAGCUGCUUGGCAAACACGUCAAAAGGGAUGCUUGAGUCACAACUCUCAUGCAAAUGUGUCGCAACAGCAGUGUGUGUCGUUAUGAUGUAUUUUUGUAAACACAGUGAUGGCUUCUUUCAGUCAUAUAAGUACUGGAUAAAAAUAACCACUUGAAACACUGGAGGGAAAUGUCACCUAGCUGAUGGCAAAGCUACUCAUUAUCAGCCAGGAGCAUGCGUGUGUGUGUGUGUGUGUGUGUGUGUGUGUGUGUGUGUGUGUGUGUGUGUAACAAAGGGAAGAAUUGACAUCAGCAAUGCGGAGGGCAAAAGUAAUACACCAUCGAGUUAGAGGCCAUUCGCACUCCCCAUGGUAUUUUGUAUUUUAGGAAAUACUGAGAGAACUGGAAUUCUCACACUAAAUUACUGGCCUUGUCAGUUUGACUUUUGAAGACAGUGGAUUACCAAAAAUUUUGCUUUUAAGCUUCCAUAGGUGGCUGUAAGGGCUGUAUCUCCUUGUUGAAUCACCGUCCCCCAAAUUGGAAUGAAAGUAUAUCUGCUAGCGACGCUCAUUCAAAACCCUGGGUUGCUCUAAACAGUGGCAGCAGUACACGCAGCCAGAUGCGCCUCAGCAUUUGCAGAAUGAUCCGGUUCCCAUUGGAAAUCUCUCUCAGCAAUAGUAAUGACAGCUACCUAAGUGUGACCCUUGACUUCUGUGUGCUGGUGGCUUUGAUAAGCACUUUAAAGCAUCCUCUCCUUGUACCUUCCCAGCUGCCCUAAGAGCUGUUCCUGCCAGGGUGCUCACCCGAGCUCUCUGUGAGCUCAGUAAGCAGAAUGGCCAUGGCGGUCUGCCCUAGUCCAGCAUGGUUCUCAAAGUCUGCCAACACUUUGGAGUGAACGUUUUCUGAUUUUCUGACGUUAUGAAGGGAAAGUUGGUAUUUAUAUCAUUAAAUCUGCUUUGUGGAUAUGCAGGUGCUUAAAUAACAACAUGUAAAGCCCAGGCCUCCAGAGCUCUCGAAGGGCAGGCAUGAGGCUUGGCCUGAGUGACAUCCGGUGAGGGAGACCAGAAACGCUUAAAGGAAGUGGACAUAUCUGAGGUCCAGUUCUCUCCUACUUUUCUAGAUUCCCUGUACAAAGAUGCAGGGACAUAAAAGAAAACAUUGAAUCUUGUAAUUAGAUCAUCUUACAUGACACCUGGUGGUAGCCUUGGCUAUUGUCCAGUGUUCCCAUCUCUGUGAGGCAGCCUCUGGUGACAUUUCCAAUUUGGCAGGACGGGAAGUCUUAACUGACGAUGUCACUGUGAGAACUGUAGAGGAGAUUGUGUAAAGACUACAGUGACCUGUUGGUUUUGCCCCUGUAGUUCACGAGUUACCAUCCUUCGAAAGCAGGCCAAGGCCACCAUGAGCCUGGCUUGUGCCUCUCGGGAGAAAGGCCUGCCAGAGCAGGCAGGGAACUCAGUCACUGCCCAGCCUGGCCUACCCAGGCUAAGGCUCGCCAUCACGUUCCUCCUCUGCAGACCGGCAUGUAGCAGCUAACACUGGGGCCAGUUGCCUUUACUCUAUUUUCUAUGAUGAAUACUUGUGGAGAAACUGUGACAAAUCCAUUGAUCCUAAUAUUUUUAUUGUUGGAGUCUUGUGGCUUCUCUGAAUAAUUUCUAUUUGAUUGUACUGUGUAGAAUUCAUACACACUAGGGAUAUGUUAAUAAAGCUAAAAUGCAUAGUAUAAUAUAGAAUAGCAAAAAAUUUUUGUGAACAAUUUAUAUAGAAGAGUAAGUUGUUUUUUAAGUGUUAGACCAUUUCUUUUGGGAACUUAAAAUGUUAUAAGAGUUUUUUAAACAUUCAAUAUUUUUAAUUAUAAGAGACAUUUGUUACUAGAGCUAAUUAUUUCGGGUGUUCUAAUUGGAAUAUUGAUUUUCUUACCUCAUAUACCUCUAGAAUGCCACAUGUUCUGUUGGGGGUAAAAUUGCACAAUAAAUGUCAAAUUAUCUGUUGAA